UCCAGAGGGAUGUUUUAAUAUGAAGUGCAGAUGGUUAAUUAGCAAUUGUGUAGAGUCUCCAGAUGACCUCUUUCUGAAGUAAGCAGUCCAUGUUUUAUCUCCCUUUUCUGUCUUUUAUCUCAAUAGGAAUAAACAGAGGAACCAGAAACACCUCAUGCUGAAACAUGUGGGAUGAUUCCAUGGAUUUAAGCUAUUAGAUUUUAGUAAAUUGGCUUUUGUGUUAGCAGUGUUAUUUUCUCUCCUUGGUUCAUUCCAGCCCACCUUGGUUCCUUCCUCAUCCUGUAAUGCACACUGUUUUUGUAUUUCUGUUGUAUAUGAGCCGCAGUGGCACAGUGGUUAGAGUGCAGUACCACAGGCUAUUUCUGCCGACUGCCUCCAAUUUGGCAGUUUAAAUCUCAUCAGGCUCAAGGUUGACUCAUCCUUCCAUCCUUCCGAGGUGGGUAAAUGAGGACCCAAAUUGUUGGGGGCAAUAUGCUGACUCUGUAAACCACUUACAGAGCACUGUAAAGUGGUAUAUAAGUCUAAGUGCUAUUGCUAUUUGGUAGAACUUAGUAAGGCAAGGCAAGAAAAACACAGUACAGCAUAGUAUUGUAUGUGCGGGUGAGCUAAGUCAGCUACAGAUCUGCAUAAAUACUGCCAAUUCUGGAAGGAAAAAUGGGGGAGAAGAGAGAGUGAAUUGAAUAAUUCAUAGGAAAAUAGAUAUCUGCUUGAUUUGCCUAACAUCUAAACAGAGAAAUAAUGGGUUUUCCUACAGUAAAAUAUAAGACAAUAAUAGCAUGCCUGAACUUUCAAAAGUGUGGAAACCAAUUCUUAUCAUCCCUCAUUAAACAUGAUCAGUGAUCAAAAUGACUGUGAGGCAUAAAAGGCCAGGUGUACAUAUUAAGGUUUAAUUAAGCUGAUUUAUUGCUAAAAGCCCAUUUAUAGGAAUCUUCUCAACUAACUAUCAGCACCUGCUUAGAGUUAGAUAAGGGUAAAUGGCACUCAAAGGGGUUUACUUGUGGCUAUUUAGGGAUUAUAGGCUGAUCCCCCUUUUUACUCUUCCCUUAGGUGCUGCCAUUUCUUCUACAAUGACAGGAAUUAGAGUCUAAGGUUCCAAUUUAGGACAAGUUAGUUAGGACAGUCUUUGCUUGCUCAUGUAUACAUUUCCUAAUUGUAUAACCUGCAGGGAAAUCUCAUCUUAUUGGACCUUCAUGUAGUAGACCAUGCAUAGCAGACAUAAACUGUGCUGCAAAUUACAGAAUGUAUUGCAUUUAUAUGUUCCUGAAUCAACAAUUAUUUGGACUCGGCUUCAGCCAAUUUUUCUCCAUCAAGGGCCUAUAUCUUCCAGACUCCAGCUUCACUCUGACCAGGACAAAGGAGAUGGAUCUCUCAAGUACAUCUUGUCAGGAGAUGGGGCUGGCACUCUUUUUGUUAUUGAUGAGAGAACAGGAGACAUUCAUGCCACAAGAAGAAUUGACAGAGAAGAGAAAGCUUAUUAUACCCUGCGUGCCCAGGCCAUUAACCGAAGAACACUCCAGCCAGUGGAACCUGAAUCAGAGUUUGUCAUCAAAAUCCAUGACAUUAAUGACAAUGAGCCAACAUUUCCAGAAGAAGUUUAUAUAGCAAGUGUUCCUGAAAUGUCAGUGGUUGGUACUUCUGUUGUUCAAGUCACAGCCUCUGAUGCCGAUGACCCUUCAUAUGGAAAUAGUGCCAGAAUUAUCUACAGCAUACUCCAGGGCCAGCCAUAUUUCUCUGUGGAGCCAGAAACAGGCAUUAUUAGAACAGCUCUGCCAAAUAUGAACAGAGAAAACCGAGAGCAAUAUCAGGUUGUUAUCCAGGCAAAGGAUAUGGGGGGCCAGAUGGGUGGAUUAUCAGGAACCACCAUGGUGAACAUCACCCUGACUGAUGUCAAUGACAAUCCACCUCGAUUCCCACAGAGUUCAGUCCACCUAUGCAUUCCAGAAUCUUCUCCAGUUGGCACUGCCAUUGGAAGCAUUAAAGCCUCUGAUGCUGACAUUGGGAGAAAUGCAGAACUUGAAUACCGAAUUAUUGAUGGUGAUGGAAGAGACAUGUUUGAUGUUGUAACACAAAAGGACACACAGGAAGGCAUUAUAACAGUACGAAAGCCAUUGGAUUAUGAGAAUCGAAGGCUAUAUACUUUGAAAAUAGAGGCAGAAAAUCUGUAUGUCGAUCCCCGCUUUUAUUACCUUGGACCUUUUAAAGAUAAGACUACUGUGAAAAUAUCUGUGGAAGAUGUGGAUGAACCUCCUAUAUUUAGCAGAUCUUCAUAUCUUUUUGAAAUACAUGAAGAUAUUGAGGUGGGCACCAUCAUAGGCACAGUCAUGGCACGAGAUCCAGAUUCUGCUGCAGGCCCAAUAAGGUUUUCCUUGGAUCGUCACACUGAUCUUGAUAGAAUUUUCAACAUACAUUCAGGAAAUGGAUCAAUCUAUACUUCUAAGAUGCUUGACCGAGAAAUAUCACAGUGGCACAACCUUAGUGUAAUAGCAGCAGAAAUCAACAAUCCCAAAGAGACGACCCGUGUUUCUGUGUACGUACGAAUAUUGGAUGUGAAUGACAAUGCACCACAAUUUGCUGUAUUCUAUGACACUUUUGUGUGUGAAAAUGCAAGAGCAGGGCAACUAAUACAGACCAUUAGUGCUGUUGAUAAAGAUGAUCCCCUUGGAGGACAAAAGUUUUUCUUCAGUUUAGCUGCUGUUAAUCCAAAUUUUACCGUCCAAGACAAUGAAGAUAACACAGCCCGGAUUUUGACAAGAAGGAAUGGCUUUAGCCGACAUGAAAAAAGCACAUACCUCCUUCCAGUGGUGAUAUCAGAUAAUGACUACCCCAUCCAAAGUAGCACAGGCACACUGACAAUCCGGGUGUGUGCUUGUGACAGUCGGGGAAACAUGCAGUCCUGCAAUGCUGAAGCUUUGCUCCUCCCAGCGGGCCUUAGUACAGGCGCACUCAUUGCCAUUCUGCUCUGUAUCAUUAUUCUCCUGGUUAUAGUGGUGUUGUUUGCUGCUCUAAAGAGGCAGCGCAAGAAAGAGCCUCUGAUCCUGUCUAAAGAAGACAUCAGAGACAAUAUCGUGAGCUAUAAUGACGAAGGGGGUGGAGAGGAAGAUACCCAGGCUUUUGAUAUCGGCACUUUGAGAAAUCCUGCAGCUAUUGAAGAUAAGAAACUCCGCCGAGAUAUUAUCCCAGAAACAUUAUUUAUACCACGGAGGACUCCUUCUGCUCCAGAUAACACAGAUGUCCGUGAUUUCAUUAACCAAAGGUUGAAGGAGCAUGAUCAUGACCCCUCUGCUCCACCUUAUGACUCCCUAGCAACUUAUGCCUAUGAAGGAAAUGAUUCUAUAGCUGAAUCCUUAAGUUCUUUAGAGUCUGGCACCACUGAGGGAGACCAAAACUAUGAUUACCUCAAGGAAUGGGGCCCUCGGUUUAAUAAGCUUGCUGAGAUGUAUGGUGGAGGCGAAAGUGAUAAAGACACUUCCUAACCUACGGUAGGAUAUAUAGUUCAAUUGAGAGGAAGUAACUUUACAGAUACCUUUUCCACGUGACAAUAUUUGAUGUUCAGGAGCAUUCUCCUACCACUCAGCACAAUGUUUCUUUUUCUUCUCCUUUUUCUUUCAUUUUGGUUUUUGAAUUGCUCAUUAAUGUCCUUUAUUCUUUCUUGUAAAAUGUCACUUGGAAUAUAUUCAACAUUUUAUUUCGCCCUGUUCUGAAAGCCAAAGCAAUUGAAAUUUGGUGUCAUCCAUUUUAUUAAAUAAAGGAUACACUGUUUGAGUAGGUAUAUAAUCUCUCAAACAGUCAUAUGAGAGUUGCUUCUGUUAGGUACAUGUUUUCCACUCGCAAGGACGGCUUUGAAAAAGACCCAGACUGCGAUCUACAAAAGGAUCAUGCAUGCACAUUCCACAUACACACCCACAUUUUCCUUGGAAAUGUGUUUCUUUUUCAGAAACUAUGCACAGGAGACCCCAUAGACCUUGUUAAGCAUUUUCAUUCAGAGAGUGUGCUCUCUGUCCCAAAUCUACACACAUAAUGAACAAACUAGGGUUUGGUUUUUGUUUUGCUUUGGUUUUUUUGGAGAAAAAUAGCUCCUCUAGAAAAUAAUUUAGUGCUAUAUACCCUGAGAGUUUUUGAUAGACACGUUCAGAUUUCAUUGUUUAAGAACAACAGUUAUAAUUGGGGGGGGGGUUUCUGCUUGUGCAGCUUCCGGAAAAUAAACUGGGGGAAAAAUUGAAAUGGUAUGCACAGAGUGUCUACGCAUUUCCUUUUGGAUCAUAACCCAAAAGAAGUAGGAAGAAAACAGUUGCCCCUAUUCUGUACAUUUAAAAAAAAAUUGAACCCUGAAAAUGUACACGUGGUGUUAAUGUGAUAUGCAGCUGGUUUAAAAAGAAAAAUUUUGUGCAACUUCAUUUCAUCAGAUUCUCUCUGCCAAUGUUUUAUAUUUAUAUUUUUGUAUUUAUUUUUAAGAAAUAAACCAGUUUUAUAACGAU